AGCAAGAAGGUGGGUGAGGCCAAGACCUUGUUCCAGUUAUGUCUGUGCCUCGCCUCACAGCAUAGCUCCGGAGCUCCUCCGCCCACCGGUCUGCCCAUCCCGCAGUUACCUUUUGCCAUAGAUAGGUUGGGGCAUGGCCUGUUCUGCUCCUUCCUGCUCUCUUCCUCCUCUGCAGUCAACGCAUCUUCCGAGUGCCAUUUCCUCUGGAGCUUUUCAAACUGUCUCUUAUCUCAUAUUCCCCCGUUGAAUGCAACCACCCACAGAGGUCUCCUCCCCCGCGAUCUCCGAACAUUAGCGAAAGAUAAGAUGGCUACAGACAAGCCCCAGCGUAUACCGAUGCGGGAACGGCGCCCUUCGUCCGGCGCCCCGCUGGUUGACAUCACGGGCUCCGUGUCGCCCGCCGGCGUCUCCAGGCCCAAGCACAAGCGUACAUUUACCGGCUUCGGAGCCCAAGAGAUCAAGAGCGUUGAGGCCUCCAUCCCGGAGGGCCAACGCGCGGCAUGGACCAAGCACCAGGCGAAGCCCUUCCAGGAUAAGGAUGGGUUCGAACAUGAGGUUGUCCGCCAUGUCGAGACCACGCUGGCCAGGAGUAUGUUCAACUGUAAUGAGUCGGCUGCUUACUCGGCCGCCGGCCUGGCUUUCCGUGACCGGCUCAUCAUGGAGUGGAACAAAACCCAGCAGCGCCAGACUUUCGAGGACAAAAAGCGUGUCUACUACCUCAGUCUUGAGUUCCUGAUGGGCAGGGCUCUGGACAAUGCCAUGCUGAACUUGAACCUCAAGGAUGUUGCCAGGGAGGGUCUCUCAGAGCUCGGCUUCAACGUGGAGGACAUUAUUGGUGAGGAGCGCGAUGCUGCUCUAGGAAAUGGCGGUCUUGGCCGACUUGCCGCUUGCUUUCUGGACAGUCUUGCCUCUCUCAACUACCCGGCCUGGGGUUACGGGUUGAGGUACCGGUACGGUAUCUUCAAGCAGGAGAUCGUUGACGGCUAUCAAGUCGAGGUCCCAGACUACUGGCUGGAUCAGAACCUAUGGGAGUUCCCCAGACAUGAUGUCACGGUUGACAUUCAGUUCUACGGCCAUGUCGAGAAGUCGCAAGACCCUUCGGGCAGCAAGACAAACGCCAACUGGGUUGGCGGCGAGACUGUAACCGCCAUUGCUUACGACAUGCCCAUUCCUGGUUAUGCCACGCCUACCACCAACAACCUGAGACUGUGGUCCAGCAAGGCUGCAAGUGGCGAGUUCGACUUCCAGAAGUUCAACAGCGGUGACUACGAGAGCUCGGUCGCCGACCAGCAGCGCGCCGAGACGAUCAGUGCCGUUCUCUACCCCAACGAUAAUCUGGAGCGAGGAAAGGAAUUGCGUCUCAAGCAGCAAUACUUCUGGGUUGCUGCUUCGCUCUACGAUAUUGUCCGUCGUUUCAAGAAGUCCAAGAGGGCUUGGAGGGAGUUCCCUGAGCAGGUUGCGAUUCAAUUGAACGAUACUCACCCUACCCUGGCUGUUGUUGAGCUUCAGCGCAUUCUGAUUGAUCUUGAGGGACUCGACUGGGACGAUGCCUGGAACAUUGUGCAGUCCACCUUUGGCUAUACUAACCACACAGUUCUUCCCGAGGCUCUCGAGAAGUGGCCUGUUGGCCUGAUCCAGCAUCUUCUGCCAAGACACCUUCAGAUCAUCUACGACAUAAACCUCUUCUUCCUCCAGUCAGUCGAGCGCCAGUUCCCUGGAGACCGUGAUCUUCUCAGCAGGGUAUCCAUCAUUGAGGAAGGCCAGACUAAGAUGGUUCGCAUGGCGCACCUCGCCAUCAUUGGAUCGCACAAGGUCAACGGUGUCGCAGAGCUCCAUUCGGAUUUGAUCAAAACCACAAUCUUCAGGGACUUUGUCGAGAUUUUUGGUCCCGACAAGUUCACAAACGUUACCAAUGGUAUCACACCGCGAAGGUGGCUGCACCAGGCCAACCCUAAGCUUUCAGAGCUGAUCGCCAGCAAGUGCGGUAGUUACAACUUCCUCAAAGAUCUGACCGGCCUCAACGAGCUUGAGAAGUGGGUAAAUGACGAGGCAUUCCGCAAGGAAUGGGCAGCUAUCAAACGGGCAAACAAGGCCAGGCUAGCCGACUACAUCAAGCGUACGACUGAUGUUACCGUCAGCCCUGAUGCGCUCUUUGAUGUGCAGGUGAAGCGUAUACAUGAGUACAAGCGCCAGCAGAUGAACAUCUUUGGUGUCAUCCAUCGUUAUCUUGCCCUGAAGGCCAUGACCCCUGAGGAGCGCGAGAAGCAGCUGCCGCGUGUUUCCAUCUUUGGCGGCAAGGCUGCGCCUGGCUACUGGAUGGCGAAGCAGAUUAUCCACCUCAUUAACAGUGUCGGUGCCGUUGUAAACAAGGACGCGGACAUUGGCGACAAGCUCAAGGUUGUCUUCCUCGAGGAUUACAACGUCAGCAAGGCCGAGAUGAUCAUCCCUGCCAAUGACCUCAGCGAGCAUAUAUCCACAGCCGGAACUGAGGCAUCUGGUACCAGCAACAUGAAGUUUGUUCUCAACGGUGGUCUGAUCAUCGGUACUUGCGACGGUGCAAACAUCGAGAUCACCCGCGAGAUUGGCGAGAACAACAUAUUCCUGUUCGGUAAUCUUGCUGAAGAUGUUGAGGAUCUUCGCCAUGCACACACUUACGGCAAGAGCCACACCAUUGAUCCCGAGCUUCUCAAGGUCUUUGAUGCCAUCCAGGCCGGCAAGUUUGGCGACGCACAGAACUUUGGCAGUCUUAUUGCCGCCAUCAAGGAUCACGGGGAUUAUUACCUGGUAUCGGAUGACUUCAGCAGCUACCUCGACACGCACAAGCUGGUCGACGAGUCGUACCGUGACCAGGAGGGCUGGAUCACCAAGUGCAUCACCAGCGUUGCACGCAUGGGCUUUUUCACGAGUGACCGUUGCAUCAACGAAUAUGCCGAGGAGAUCUGGAACAUUGAGCCCCUCAAGGUUGAAGCUUAG